CUCUGUGCCAGACACACUUAAGCUCAUUGUUUUCUCCCCAUUCGUGACCAAACGCAAUGCGCCGGCUCGCGCGACGCGGCCUGGCACGCGCCGCGAGGCCGCCCAUAACCGCCUGGCCGAAGCGGAGAGCCGUCGAGGCAGCAGUACCACCGCAGCAACGCGACCGCGGUGCGGUGUUCCUGACGGCGCUCGGCGGCGGCGGUCUCGCCGUCGUGAGCGCGGCCGCGGCCUACACGUACACGACCAGUUCGGAGCCGAUCGACGUAGACGCCCACCCGCGCUGCGGCUGCUGCGCGCGCGUCGAGCGCUUCGACGCGCUGGCGGAGACGUACGACGACGAGAUCGGCGUCGACGAACUGGUCAUGGGCCUGCCGCUGUUGAGGCGGUGGCUGCUGCGGCGGGCGCGCGGCGACGUGCUGGAGGUCGCGUGCGGCACGGGCCGCAAUUUGGAGCUGUACCCCGCCGCCGUGACGUCCAUCGUCGCAACGGACGCGUCCGACGCAAUGGUCCGCGUGACGGCGGCGAAGGCAGCGACGCUGGGCGACGGCCGCAUCAGCGUGCGGCGAGCCGCGGUCGAGACCGUCGCGGGCGCGUACGACACGGUCGUCGACACGUUCGGGCUGUGUUCCGUCGACGACCCGGUGGCCGCGUUACAAGCCAUGGCCGGCGCGGUCCGGCCCGGCGGCGAGGUCCUCCUCCUCGAGCACGGACGGGCGCACUACGCGUGGCUCAACCGGCUCCUGGACCGGCACGCCGCGCAGCACCUGCUGCGCUGGGGCUGCUCCUGGAACCGCGAUUACGUACGGGUCAUCGAGCAGGCGGGGCUGGAGGUCGUGUCGCUGCGGCGCUUCCACCUCGGGACGACGGUCCUCGCCGUCGUGCGGGCGCCGCCGCCCGGCGCGUCGUGUGCGUGUGCGUGUGGUAAAUAGUAAUGAAUUUUGCA